GGGACUGGGGCAGGCGCCGGUGAGGAGGAGGAGAAGAAGCGGCGGCGGAGGCGGCGGCGCGGUUUUCUCCGGCCGAAUUCCACCCCCCGGAGCAUCGCUGUCCACGCCCGCGAGCGCAGCCCGGCCGGGCAGGGGCGCCGGAAAAGAUGGAACCGGGGGGCCGGGCGCGCAUUGGCCCCCCGCAGCCGGCGGCCCCCGGGCUGUGGAGGGCUCGGCCGGCGGGCGGCAGCGGCGGUGGCGGUGGCGCCUCCUCCUGGCUGCUGGACGGGAACAGCUGGCUGCUGUGCUAUGGCUUCCUCUACCUGGCCCUCUACGCGCAGGUGUCCCAGUCCAAGCCGUGCGAGAGGACCGGCUCCUGCUUCUCGGGCCGCUGUGUUAACUCCACCUGCCUCUGCGACCCGGGCUGGGUGGGGGACCAGUGCCAGCACUGCCAGGGCAGGUUCAAGUUAACAGAACCUUCUGGAUAUUUAACAGAUGGUCCAAUUAAUUAUAAAUAUAAAACUAAGUGCACAUGGCUAAUAGAAGGCUAUCCAAAUGCGGUGUUAAGAUUAAGAUUCAAUCAUUUUGCAACAGAAUGUAGCUGGGAUCAUAUGUAUGUUUAUGAUGGAGAUUCAAUAUAUGCACCUUUAAUCGCAGUUCUUAGAGUUGAAUGUGAUGAGAAGGGAACCAGAAUGGAGACUGUUGUUCCAAAUAGUCCAGGUCCUGAUUGUUCUUUGAAUGUUCCUUCUACUGAGUCUUACUGGAUUCUGCCAAAUGUUAAACCCUUCAGUCCUUCUGUAGGUCGGGCUUCCCAUAAAGCAGUUUUACACGGGAAAUUUAUGUGGGUGAUUGGUGGAUAUACUUUUAACUACAGUUCUUUUCAAAUGGUCCUGAAUUACAAUUUGGAAAGUAGUAUAUGGAAUGUAGGAAGUCUAUCAAGGGGUCCUCUCCAGAGAUAUGGACACUCUCUUGCUUUAUAUCAGGAAAACAUCUUUAUGUAUGGAGGCAGAGUUGAAACAAAUGAUGGCAACGUCACAGAUGAAUUAUGGGUUUUUAACAUACAUAGUCAGUCAUGGAGUACAAAGACUCCUACCGUUCUUGGACAUGGUCAGCAGUAUGCUGUGGAGGGACAUUCAGCACACAUUAUGGAGUUGGAUAGUAGAGAUGUUGUCAUGAUCAUAAUAUUUGGAUAUUCUGCAAUAUAUGGUUAUACGAGCAGCAUACAGGAAUACCAUAUCUCAUCAAACACUUGGCUUGUUCCAGAAACUAAAGGAGCUAUUGUUCAAGGUGGAUAUGGCCAUACCAGUGUAUAUGAUGAAAUAACAAAGUCCAUUUAUGUUCAUGGAGGCUAUAAAGCAUUACCAGGCAAUAAAUAUGGAUUAGUAGAUGAUCUUUAUAAGUAUGAAGUUAACACUAAGACUUGGACUAUUUUGAAAGAAAGUGGGUUUGCCAGAUACCUUCAUUCAGCUGUUCUUAUCAAUGGAGCUAUGCUUAUUUUUGGAGGAAAUACCCAUAAUGACACUUCCUUGAGUAACGGUGCAAAAUGUUUUUCUGCCGAUUUCCUGGCAUAUGACAUAGCUUGCGAUGAAUGGAAAAUAUUACCGAAACCAAAUCUUCAUAGAGAUGUCAACAGAUUUGGACACUCUGCAGUUGUUAUUAAUGGGUCCAUGUAUAUAUUUGGAGGAUUUUCUAGUGUGCUUCUUAAUGAUAUCCUUGUUUACAAGCCUCCAAAUUGCAAGGCUUUCAGAGAUGAAGAACUUUGUAAGAAUGCUGGUCCAGGAAUAAAAUGUAUUUGGAAUAAAAAUCACUGUGAACCUUGGGAAUCUGGGAAUACUAAUAAUAUCCUUAGAGCAAAGUGCCCUCCUAAAACAGCUGCUCCUGAUGACAGAUGUUACAGAUACGCAGACUGUGCCAGCUGUGCUGCCAAUACCAACGGGUGCCAGUGGUGUGAUGACAAGAAAUGCAUCUCAGCAAACAGUAACUGCAGUUUGUCUGUGAAAAACUACACCAAAUGUCAUGUGAGAAAUGAGCAGAUUUGUAACAAACUUACCAGUUGUAAAAGCUGUUCGCUAAACUUGAAUUGCCAGUGGGAUCAGCGACAACAAGAAUGCCAGGCUUUACCAGCUCAUCUUUGUGGAGAAGGAUGGAAUCAUAUUGGUGAUGCUUGUCUUAGAAUCAAUUCCAGUAGAGAAAGCUAUGACAGUGCAAAACUUUAUUGCUAUAAUCUCAGUGGAAAUCUUGCUUCAUUAACAACCACAAAAGAAGUGGAAUUUGUUCUGGAUGAAAUACAGAAGUAUACACAACAGAAAGUAUCACCAUGGGUAGGCUUGCGCAAAAUCAACAUAUCCUACUGGGGAUGGGAAGACAUGUCUCCUUUUACAAACACCACACUGCAGUGGCUUCCCGGUGAACCAAAUGAUUCUGGGUUCUGUGCCUAUCUAGAAAAGGCCGCAGUGGCAGGCCUAAAAGCUAAUCCUUGUACAUCUAUGGCAGAUGGCCUUGUCUGUGAAAAGCCUGUUGUUAGUCCAAAUCAAAAUGCAAGGCCAUGCAAAAAGCCAUGUUCUCUACGGACAUCCUGCUCCAACUGUACCAGCAACGGCAUGGAGUGUAUGUGGUGCAGUAGUACGAGACGAUGUGUGGACUCGAAUGCUUACAUAAUCUCUUUUCCAUAUGGACAGUGUCUGGAGUGGCAAACUGCCACCUGCUCUCCUCAAAAUUGUUCUGGAUUGAGAACCUGUGGACAUUGUUUGGAACAGCCUGGAUGUGGCUGGUGCAAUGAUCCUAGUAAUACAGGAAGAGGACACUGCAUUGAAGGAUCUUCACGGGGACCAAUGAAGCUUGUUGGGAUGCACAAUAAUGAGAUGGUUCUUGAUACCAGUCUUUGUCCUAAAGAAAAGAACUAUGAGUGGUCCUUUAUCCAGUGUCCAGCUUGCCAGUGUAAUGGACACAGCACUUGCAUCAAUAAUAAUGUGUGUGAACAGUGUAAAAAUCUUACCACAGGAAAGCAGUGUCAAGACUGCAUGCCAGGUUAUUAUGGGGAUCCAACUAAUGGAGGACAGUGCACAGCUUGUACAUGCAGUGGCCAUGCAAAUAUCUGUCACAUGCAUACAGGAAAAUGUUUCUGCACAACUAAAGGAAUCAAAGGUGAUCAAUGUCAAUUGAAAGAAUACCAGUUUCCAAAUACUAGUAUGCAUAUUGAUAGCCUUUUGAUUGACUAUCAGUUUACCUUCAGCUUAUUACAGGAAGAUGAUCGCCACCAUACUGCCAUAAACUUCAUAGCGAACCCAGAACAGUCAAACAAAAAUUUGGAUAUUUCGAUUAAUGCAUCAAACAACUUUAAUCUCAACAUUACGUGGUCAGUUGGUUCAACAGCUGGAACAAUAUCCGGGGAGGAGACUCCUAUAGUUUCCAAAACUAAUAUAAAGGAAUACAGAGAUAGUUUUUCCUAUGAAAAAUUUAACUUUAGAAGCAAUCCUAACAUUACAUUCUAUGUGUACGUCAGCAACUUUUCCUGGCCUAUUAAAAUACAGAUUGCAUUCUCACAGCACAAUACAAUCAUGGAUCUUGUGCAGUUUUUUGUCACCUUCUUCAGUUGUUUUUUAUCCUUAUUGCUGGUAGCUGCAGUGGUAUGGAAGAUCAAACAAACAUGCUGGGCUUCUCGACGGAGAGAGCAACUGCUUCGAGAACGACAGCAGAUGGCCAGCCGUCCCUUUGCUUCUGUUGAUGUAGCACUGGAAGUGGGAGCUGAACAAACAGAGUUUCUGCGAGGGCCGUUAGAGGGAGCACCCAAACCCAUAGCCAUCGAACCAUGUGCCGGGAAUAGAGCUGCUGUUCUGACUGUGUUUCUUUGUCUACCGCGAGGAUCGUCAGGUGCCCCUCCUCCUGGACAGUCAGGCCUUGCAAUUGCCAGUGCCCUAAUAGAUAUUUCACAACAGAAGCCUUCAGAUAGUAAAGACAAGACUUCAGGAGUCCGAAAUCGAAAACACCACCUCUCAACACGUCAAGGAACUUGUGUCUGAGAAACGGAAACUGCUCCCAGAUGUUCUGAAAUGUUUUGAUUUUGUAAAUGACUUCCAUUAAGGCUGGUCCAUGGCCUCAGUUUUUAUGGAGGCGAAUCUCUGUAUGGUCCCAGGGCUCAAGUACAGUUCCCUCCAAACAGGCAAUGACCCAAGUGGCCAGAGAAUGUUCAUGACUUUUAUGAAAGUAACAGUAUUGAUGGUCACGGGCGAUAAAGUCAGUUUUUACGACUCUCUUAGGCUUAUCCUAGAUAACAUUAAAUUACGCUGGAAAAAGAUGUAUAUUGUUUCUUAAUGCAGAUGAAAAUAUGUAAUUCAUAUAAACCAAACUGUUUAUAUCCCAAGACUUUAAAGAAAGACAUUUUAUAAUGCCUGGAUGAUGAGAAUUGUACAGUUUUUGCCUCAUAAGCAAACUUAAAUCACUUGUAUAUGAACAGGAAAUGAAGAAAUUGCAAUGGCUUUAAACGUUGUUUUAUCUCACUGUAAAUGUAAAAGCCAGAUUUUGGUUUAGUAGGAUGUAGGUAGUGUAUUUAAAUAUUUCACAUGACCACAUCGUGUCCACACUCAGUUUGAGAAUGCGACUGUUUUCCACCUAACUGGAUUGCAGACCAGAACGAGUCCAUUUGGAUGGAUGGUAUGUACAACUUCACAGAAGAUUUAUUAGAAUUCUGAGUGAAAAGGACAUUCCUGUCAUCCACGCCAACUGCCUAACUCAUUAUCAGAGCUGAUAGAGCAUGGAAAAACCUGUCCAGCAAUCAAUUUUUCCCCUCCUUCCAAAACCCUCCAAUACCAAACCCGAAGAGAGCUGAAAUAGUUAUUUUAUAGAGAGCAAGCUUCAGCUCUACUGUGGUAAUUUUUUUAAUUGCUUAGGAAUCAUUGGAUCAGACCUAAGUGGUCCGUCUGCAUUUUUGUAGGGGAUCAUCUUCUGUUGGCCUUCCUCUCCUAGCUGCUAGAUUUUUAUCUACCUUUUACAAAUAUUAUGAAAAGUAUUUUAGAGGUGACACCUCCCAAGUUUUAAUAUGAUCCAGGUUCCCUCUUGCCAACUAUCACUUAGAAUACAAGUAGAGAAGAGCAUUUGCUGGCAAGCGUCUACAGUAUUCUUAUUUCUAACAUGAACACGUUGAUGUCACGAGAGUAAGUUUCCAGUUUAAAAAAUAAGUUCAUUGUUGCCCACAUUAAGCAUAUGCUUAACGAUUCACAAAUCUGAAUUAUGGCAGAAAGGAAAAAUGAUUUAAAAGAGCUUUCCCAUCGGGACAUAGACUCCUUUGUGUCCUCAUUUUGACAACAGUUCACUAGAACUCAGUAGCAUUAACAGAUCUUGUUUGAAACUGUUUCUUCACUUCAGGGUGACUAUAGGAUACAUGUAGAAAGCAGUGACAGAGAUAUCCAAGCUGCCUCAAACAAUACAGCUUCGUUCACUAGGAAAGCCAUUUAAAUGUAGUUGAUGUUUAGUACUCUCUAUGUACUUUUCAUGUUCUUGGGAUUUCUGGAAGGUAAUGACACUUUACUGUUUACAGCUAAUGCAUAGUUCCUUGCAUGCUGUGAUCGUGCAGUAGCGGAUUAUGACCCUAUUGUGAUAUUCAGUGUUUAUUUCAUGAUGCCAUUUAUACAUAGUCAGCUUCAUUUGAUGAGAAUUGAAUGUAAUCUAUAACAGGAAUGAUCAUACAAUAGGUAGUUGCAUCGUAUAUAAGGUUGCUAGGUUACAUCUAGCCAUGACUAUCAUUGUUUUGAUAAUUAGGCACUUGUUAAUUAUAGUAUAUAUUCCUUACGUUGGCAUGAUAAUUUUGCUAUUUUCUAUGCAUUAAAAAUAAGAUUAAUUCUUAGAAUAAUUUCAUCUAUAGCCUGUGGGUUUUUUGGGAGAGGGGGCGGGAGUGGAGCCGGUUGUUUUUGCCUCCCUGUGAUAUUUCACCUCUAAAAAAAAAAAAAAAAAAGUGAGCAAAGUUUGUAAAUGUCUCCUAAAAACAAUCAAGUAAUUUUAUUAGCUUCUUUUUGAACCCUUGAUUUUUCUCCUGGAAAAAUAA